GUUCAAAACGAUAUGGAUACAGAAUAUCCACUUGAUCUCCUCACUCGUAGCAAACUUUUGCACUGCCACACAUUGUUGUCGACCAUGUUGCGGCUGCUGCGUCCUCGCGCCCACCUCUCUCUGCGCCGCCACACGCGCUGCAUCUCCUCCAGCUUCGACGUUCGCCCGCAUGAGCUCAGCGCGUCUGGGCAACCGGGUCGCGUACUGUUUGGUGCUAAAGUUGCGGCAACACAGCUGGGUGCUUUAAGUCGCGCCAGUGGCAUGCGUAAGGUGCUGCUGGUGCGCGACCGCGACGCUGCCGCCGCCUCGCGCACUCAAUACGCCGAGUUCUUGUUGAUGCAAGCGGGCGUGCCGUGCUUCCAAUACACGUUGGAGCGCGACUGCGCUACACUCCAAGGUGUAGAGCACGCGGCUGCCACGGCGCAGCGCGUAGGCGCCGACGGCGUCGUGGCUUUUGGUGGCGGCAACGCAAUGGACACGGCGCGUGCAGUGGCAGUUGUCCUGGCCAAUGGAGGCAGCGCCGCCGACUUCGUGGCUGUCAGGGGCGACGACGAGGAGGAGGUGCUUAAGUUGCAGCAAGAUAAACUGGACAUCACGCCGCUGCUGCUGGUACCGACCAUCGCUGGGUCUGGCGCUGAAGUGGCUAAGAGCUCUCUGCUGCUGGAAGAAGAUGCCGAGACUAAGUUGCUCUUUGCGCCCGGGAAAGAGAUCGUACCCGAGGCGGUGAUCAUUGAUCCCACUUUGAUGUUAACGGUGCCAUUGCGUCCGACAGUGCAGGGCGCGUUGACAGCCUUGGGUCAGUGUCUCGAGAGCUACUUGCUGGGCUGUGCGGAUGACACGACGACCAAGCUGGCACUCGAAGGAUUGGAAGCUGUGGCGGGUGCUCUCGCUGCCCCGCUGAAAGAAGGCAAGCUGGAUCUCAAGGGCGCUGUGCUGCGUGAACAGUUCGCUAUCGGCAGUUUAUUAUCGGGGAUUGCAGCCAACUCGUCGGGCACGGGAGCGGCGCAGGCGUUGGCUGUGUCCAUGGGCGGCAUCUCAGACUUGCCGCACGCGCAGGUAGCGACCGCGUUUCUGCCGUUCGUGUUCGAUCGCUAUGCGGAGCUGGCGAGUGAGAACGAGGGCGAUCCAUUCUUUGACGAGCUGCGUGAGAAGCUGGAGGACGCGGCCGACCGACUGACGGCUGCGAGCGGCUUCCAGGGCGCCAAUGUGGCUGCAUGGCUGCGUUAUGUCGUCACGCGGUUUGAUUUGCCCACAGCAUCGACACUUGAAUUGGAGGAAAGUCUGUUGAAUGGGCUGGUGGAUCGCGCCGCUCAGUACCAGGACGAGUCGAUGCAAGUCUCCCGCAGCGACGACAUCGGAGCUAUCAUGGAGAAGGACGACUUACGUGCGAUUAUCGAUGCUGCUGUACUGGUGGUGGAGCCAACAAAGGAGGACGAGAAGUGAUCUCUGAAAUUUUAGACUUCAUAAUGAAUGCAGUCUCCGUGUCUUACUAACUUCUUGACUCUCAUGGAAUCGGGAUGUUGGGACUGGAUCGCCAGCCUGUGUAGCGACCAAUGCGGCUGUAACUUCGUGCUUUGUCGACAUCGCGGCAUUGCUUGAUCAUCCCAACAACUAGCAGCACUAGCAUUGCAGCCAGAUACGCCCACCACGCUCCUGGCACGGAAUAAAUCCAAGGCUCUCUGCCUCUCAUAACGUAUGAAUGGAAGCGAUUAAUGUCGUCACUACGUGGAUACUUGCCAGCGAAAUAGCCGAUACCCCACACUGCUGUUAUUGAGCCCACG